UGGUGGCGUUUUUGCACAGAUAUUCAGAGGUUUCCAAAAAGCAUAUCUCUCCAAAUACGCAGAGUAGUAAAACCAAAAUUUUGCAAAAUGACUCGAGGAGAUAUCAAUGCCGAUGAACAGCGCUAUGUGGAUAAACUUCGAAAGAGAUUGAAGGGGAAGAUGAGCGAAGAAAUGUUUACAGAUGAUUUAUUGUUGCGUUUCUUAAGAGCUCGGAGCUUCAACAUAGAAGCUACGGAAGAUAUGCUUUUGAAGCAUCAACAGUGGAGAAAAAGGAGCAAAAUUGACACCCUCCUGACGGAUUAUAAAGCACCAGAGGUUUUCGAGAAAUAUUUCCCGUUAAAUUUUAUGUGCUAUGAUAAAGACGGCUGCUCAGUGACCUAUUGUGCGUAUGGAAACCUUGAUGUCAAAGGUUUGGCGAAAUGCUCGAAAAAAUCUGAGUUUCUUCAUUUCUUCUUGCAUCACCUAGAGGAAGACACUCAAAAAUUGAAAUCUCAAAGUGAAAAGCUUGGAAAGAAAGUCGAAAAAUGGAGCUACAUAUUCAAUUAUGAACAUUUCUCACUCGCCAGUGCAACAGAUAGAAGAACAAUUGAUGUGCUUAUAAACUUAAUCAAAAUAUACGACGCAAAUUACCCAGAAAGAUUGAAAGCUGGCUAUUUGAUUAACGCUUCAUUUUACUUCACUAUUCUUUGGGCGGUUUUAAAGCCAUUCUUUUCCGCUGAAACAAACCGGAAGAUAAAAAUAUUUGGAAAAGAAGGUUGGCAAGAGGAACUAAAAAAAGAAAUUGGAGCUGAUAAUUUACCAGCAUUUUUAGGGGGAAAUGUCACUGACCCAGAUGGAAAUCCUAUGUGUAAUUCAUUUAUCAAACAUGGCGGAUUAAUACCCGAGAAAUAUUAUGUGCAGAGGGAUCGCAAGAGUUUUUCGAAACUCCCUGGAGUGAAAAAAUUGGUUGUCAAUCGAAGAUCAAAAGAAAAUGUCAAACUUGAAGUUCAGCAAUCCGGAUCACAUAUUGAAUGGGACUUCGAUGUGAAAAAUAAGGAUAUAAGCUAUACUUUGAUAUAUGAAGAUCCCGAAAAGGAAGCUGAAGAUGGCGAAGAGAUUUUACCGAAGCAAAGAGUUGACACAAUUCUUGAAUCAGAGUCUGGAGUAGUUAAAUGUGAGAAGCCUGGAACCUACAUUUUGCAAUUUGAUAAUAGUUACAGUUGGAUUCAUAACAAAGUUAUAUACUACCAAGCCAGUGUUGUAAAUCCAAAUGAUGUGAUUGAUGAAGAUAAAGACUAGAAGCUCAAGGAAAUUACUUGUAUACUAACCAAACACUAAAUGACAACUGAUAAAUUUUCCUAAAAUCUUUUUUAAUACAACCAUAAUCAUUUUUCAGAAUUGUAAUGAUAAUAAUGGUAUGUGGGCGAAUUUUCUUCUGUAUGUAUGUUUGUAUAUAUAUAUAUUUUAUUUUAAUGAGCGUCGAUACUACAAUUUCUAUACAAAUUGGUACAUUUUUUAAUUCAUAUUCCAUUUUCUCUUCCACUCAAAUUUCAUUGAA